AUGCUCUGCGCAAAAGCCCUGUUCACCGUCCUCGUCGCGACCGCGGCCCUCGUCCACGCGAAGCCGACUACGACGUCGGGCCUGCAAGCACUGGAGGACGGGCUCGCCAGCAUCGACCCCCAGGGCAUCACGCUGAAGCCGCUGGAGAGGAGGGCACCCGCCCCCCGCGCCGACUUGAGCAACGCCCAGCGGCUCGCACGGGGGCUGCCCCUCCGCAAGCCCAAGCCGCGGUCGGACAAGGCCAAGCUCCGGUUCGCCGAGCGCGCCGUCCCGUCCGCCUGCCCGACCACCACCGUUUCCGGCGUCCUCCAAGUCACCAGCGCCGACACCGGGAGUGUUCUCGGCUACGUCGGCGCCGCGAUGACCACGUACGGCCACUACGGCGUCUCCACGAACCUCGCGGGCGCCCUCCGCGUCUCCAUUGGCACGUCCAGCUGCAGCUCCGCGUCCACCGCUAGCCAGCUGGACAUCGCUACGUCCAACGGCGCGGCCGCGUACCCGCACCUCGGGCUCGUCGCGGGCGCGGCGAACACCGCGCCGACGAACAACCUCGCCGCGGG